GAUCGGUGGCUUGGCUAUCCAGGGAGCCGCAGUGUUCGAGAGUUCCUUCAGCCCGACUUUCCAGGACUUCUUGACACGGCGCCUCAAUGAAUCUCAUGGACUGGAGUUCGAGUCCGUUCCAUUGGACUUUAACCAGAACUUCGAGUUCGUCAGCAGCGGUGGAGUCGAUUUCAUUUUCAGUAACCCAGCGGCAUACACUUGCAUGGCCGUGGAGUUCAACUUGCAGACGGUCGCGUCGCUUAUCAACUACCGCAAGGGCAAUGCUCUUGGAAAAUUCGCAGGCGUGAUCUUUACCAGGCAAGACUCUCCUUUUCAAACCUUCGACGACCUGCGCACUGCCAAUGUGGAGGCCGUUUCAAUCUCUGGAUUGGGUGCAAUGCAGCUCCAGCAAGCAGAACUGCUAUCCCAGGGGUUGAACAUCAUGACAGAUGUACCUCGACUGACUUUCGCCUUCAACCAGAACAAGAUCGUGCAGGACGUCGAGCUCGGUCUCGCAGACGUCGGCUUCGUGAGAACCGACUUGAUCGAUCGAAAUGUUGCUAACAACCUAACGAAGUGGGAAUAUUUCAGAGUGAUCGGCCAGAUCCCGGACUCGGACUUCCCAUUCGCUCGCUCCACGGCUUUCACACCGGAGUGGCCCAUCGGGGCUUUGCCACACGUGACUGACGAGGUCAAGGAGCUGGUCGCAAGCUCCCUCAUGGCUCUUGAUCGUUUCUCACCGGAUCCAGAGUUGUCCGAGCCAGCGAUUGCAGGCAACUUUGCCAGCUGGUCCACACCAAUGAACUAUUUCGGUCUUCUGGACAUGCUCCAAAGCAUCGAGUAUUACGACCAAAGCUCAAAGAAGUGCUUGCGGAGUUCGGAUGAGUACGAGGCAAUCAAGUGCCCCGCCGGCUUUGUCAAGAAGGCGAGAGACAAGGUGUUUUGCGAGGACUGUCGCACUGGCUACAGCUGCCUUUGCUCUCCUUGUGCAAAGCUGCGGGAUCCAGAAUACGUGUUGAAAGCUUCAUUGUCGAGUACAGCCUGGAUGGGUAAUGUCGACGUUGGUCAGGUGAACAACGAGACUAUUGUUGCGAGCAGCUGCGAGCGCAUGUCCGUGUGCGGUCAGGUCUUUACCGGACAAAAGCUCCGGUGGGUUCUAUUGGAUCAGAUCGGGACUGCAAGUCGACUCGCCAUUAACGCACCACUGGUAACCAGUGUGAGCAUUCGCACGAGUGUGGAUGGACCAUGGCUUUCUACGGAUGUUCGCAACAUCACGAUCGAGGACGCGGACACGCAGGAGUAUUCUCUGGAAUAUGAAGCGCAAGGUUCUGGCACACAAGUGAUUCAAGUGGACAUCAAUGGUCAACCAGCGGCCCUGUCGCCUGUGGUUCUCGAAGUUCGUCCCCCGCCAUUACGCCAGAUUGACUGCCCUCCUGGCAGGCAGCCAGACUUUGACGGCGUUUGCACAGCUUGUGCACCAGGCACUGCUUCAGCGGGCGGUGGUGCCCCAUGCCGACCAUGCGAUCCGGGCACUUCCCAGCCACUUGCAGAGCAGUCAAACUGCGAGGCUUGCGCAGUCGGCACAUUCCAAGAGUCACCCGCGUCGCUGCACUGUGAGUUGUGUCCGCCAGGAUAUUCCAGCCGCGGCAAGAUUGGGUCUCUGGUUUGCAGUGCAUGUGAUCCUGGCCAGGAGGCUCCCAACAAUGGCUCCGAGAGGUGUUCACUUUGUCCUCGUGGGUUUUACAGCGAAGAGGAGGGAUCCAGCCAUUGUGUACAGUGCAACGGUGGGAAAGGGACCACCGAACAGGGUGUGACAGAUCCCGGUCUAUGCAUUUGCCUCCCUGGAGAGUUCCUUGCCGAUGCUUCAGAAAGCAACGUCCCUUCAGCUUUGGGCGGACAAUGCGUUCCAUGCCUUGAGGGACUCGUCUGUCCAGGAGGCAACGGCCCUCCGUUGCAAAAAGCUGGAUACUGGGUGGACACUGCAGGGCACGGACACUCAGCCUACCGGUGCCGCGAUAAGUGGCAAUGUCCAGAGGGGCCUUUGGGUUGGUGCUCCGAUGGCCGUGAGGGGCGCGCUUGCAACAACUGCAAGGAGUGGCAUCGUCAAGGAACACAAGGCAGAUGCAAGCCGUGUGAGGGUGUGGAUGUUCUUCCGGCGAUGCUGCUGUUGCUGGCAACAGUGCUGACCGGAGGGGUCUUGCUUUCCUUCGUCCACACCAAUGCAGCGCGCCAGCGGCUUGGCCAGGUGACCGUAUUCCUGACCGCCGGCCAGAUAAUCCUGAUGUUGCAACUCAUGGCGGCCAUGAGGAACUUGGAUUUGCAAUGGACAGGACCUGCACUCUACGUGAUUGAGUUUCUUGAUAUCUUUGCCUUUGACGUGGACUUCCUGAACAUAGGAUGCGUCGUGUCCAACGACGGCGCUGUGCUAACCUUUGCCAUGCAGCUUUUGGCGUACCCAGUUUUUGCAGCAUUGCUCAUGCUUGUGUGGGUUUGCAUCAGCCGACUGGGGCUGGAGGUAACAUGGAACGAUGUGGUCAACAUGAACGGCUUGGCCUUGCUCACGCUGUACAUGACUCUCACCAUCAACUCGCUUUUGCCAUUGCAAUGCAUCGCCAACCCGAACGGGACUUUCAGCAUGCAGACACAGCCUGGUGUGAUAUGCUUCCAGUCCGAUGAGCACUGGGCGCUGAUGUUCAUGUGCGUUCUCGGCAUCCUUAUGUACCCAGUGGCUAUUCUUACCGUGGCUUUGAGGGCCACGAUUAUGUAUCCGUCCUACAUCAGCUCCGGGAAGGGACUCCUUAUCGUCAAUCGAUACCGAUUCCUAUUCGAGCGAUUUCGUGCUAGCCGCUAUUUCUACGGCGUCAGCUAUCUGCUGAGGAACACGCUCCUGGCCCUCAUUCCUGUUGCUGUCGCGAGCUUCCCGACAGUCCAAGUCGUUUUACUGGCGGCCGUGCUCCUCGCAGGCAUGCUGGUGCAGAUCCGCACAUGGCCGUGGAGGACGCAAGUGGCCAACGUCACAGACAUGCUGUUCUCUACUGCCGUGGUGCUUUUCCUCGUGGUGGCGGGGCCCAUCCUCAGUUCCGAGUCGGCUCAAGACCGCCAGGCUUAUGCAGGCUUUUUGUCCUGGUCCUUCACCAUGCUGCUGGCCUUUGCCUUUUUGACCUUGUUUGUAACGAUUGCCCUCUUCCUGUGGA